AUGCAUGUGAAGAAGAUGAGGCUUAAGAAUGUCAAGAGUUUCAAAUCUGAGACAGAGCUGAGAUUUUCUGAAGGAGUGAAUGUGAUUAUUGGAAAGAAUGGAAGUGGAAAGAGCAGUAUUGUGUCUGCUCUUAGAUUUGCGAUGUGUGCAGAGGAUAGAAAUGUAGAGCAGAAUUCCGAUUUUAUUCAUGAAGGAAAUGCUAUUAGUGAAGAGGAAGCCGAGGUUGAAAUUGUUUUUUGUGAGUCUAUGGAAGAAGAAACCAUGGAGCGUGAGAUCAGCAUUCGAAGAACAAUAGGGAUGAAGAAAGAUGAGUAUUUUGUUAAUGGAAAGGUUGUUAGUAGAGAAGAGUAUGUUGGGUUUUUGCAUGAGAAUGGAAUUCUUACAGGUUCAAGUACGUAUUUUAUUGUUGCACAAGGAGAGGUUGCAGCACUUGCUACAUUGAGAGACAAAGACAGGCAUAAAUUAUUGAAGGAUGUUUGUGGAGUUGCUUGUUAUGAAAAGGACAGAGAGACGAGUAUACGUGAACUUGAGGACACAAAACAAAAUGAAACAAGGAUAAGGCUAAUGAUUGGUAGGAUUGACGAAAAGCUGCGAAGCCUUGAGAAUGACAAAAAGGAAGUAGAGCUUUGUAAUGCGUUAGAGAAUGAAAGACGAAGACUUGAGUAUGGAUACAUUGAGAGAGAGGUACGAGAGAUCAAUGAUGAGAUUUUACGAGUGGAAAGUCUGAUAGCGAAUGAAUGUAGAGAGUGUUCUGAUGAUGAAGAUGAUUAUGUGAUUGAAGCCAAGGAGAUUGAGGACAGGAUAAAGAUUCUGGUUGAUGCAAGAAAGAGGCUGAGCAUAGAUCCUAGGUAUAAUGAGAAGACAAAAUAUAUUGAGAAAGGAAUAUGCAAUCUCGAAGAAAAGCGAAAUAAGCUAAAAGAGAGGCAUUCAACAGAAGAAGAACAAUUUUUGAAGUUUAAAGAGGAAGAAGCGCAAAACUUUAUACGAUCUGUAUGUGUCAGACAUUUUAUAGGAUUCUUGGGUACAUUAAUGAAUAAGAAAAUAAGUCUUGAGGAAGUAGAAGUAGCAAAGGCUGCAUUAUGUAACAAAAUGAAUGAAAUGGAAAAAAGCAGAGAAGGAGUUUCCAGUAGAAAGGUGGUGGAUAUGAAGCGAGAUCUUGAAAAUAUGGUUGAAAGGAGAAAAUAUCUUUGGAGAGAGGAGAAAAGACUGGAACUAUCAAAGAAGUCUAUUGAUGAAAUGGUGAAAUUGCAUGAAAGCAAGCUUUUCCAGAUUGUUGAUACUAGGGCUGAUAUAUAUGAAAGCAUGAGGGAAUUUAAUGGAGUUCUUGGGUAUGUUUAUGAUUUGGUAAGUAUACCUGAUGAGCUUUUGAAUGCAUUUGAAGCGGUAGCAGGGAAUUCGUUGUUUAAUGUUGUGGUUAGAGAUGAGGAAGUUGCAUCGAUGCUAUUGAAGAAGAUUGAAGGCAUGAAAUUUAGAAUAACAUUUAUGCCAUUGAAUAGGAUAGAACUUAAGGAUGCAAAUGAGAUAAAGGAUCCGAUGGUUAUUUCCUUGGCAUCUAAGAUAAGAUGUGAGCCGAGAUAUAGGGCACUAUUUAGGCACAUAACACAUGAUGCGUACUUCUGCUCUGAUUUGAAGCAAGGUGUUUAUGUUUCGAAGAAGUAUAAGAUCAAUGUUGUUACUAUUUCUGGGGAUGUGAUUAGUAAAGAUGGACCUAUAAGUGGAGGAUAUGAGAAGAAGAGUGGGGCGCUUCGGGAGUAUAAAAGGAUUUGUAAAGAGCUGAGGAAACAUGGCGAUGAUUAUGGCAAGAUAAAACAGGAGAUUAAGAAUAUUGGAAGAGAGAUUGAUGAAAUGAAGCUUUUGAUUGAUUGUGGAGAUGUUGAAAAUAGGACUAGUGAGGUUUUGAGUGGUACGGUGGAAUUUCUUGAUGAGAAAGUGAAGAUGCUGACGAAGAUGGUAGGCAUGAGUAGUGAAGAUUGUAGAACAGAAAUAUGCAAGCGACUUGAAAGGCUAAGGACUGAUGAGAAAGAGAUAUUGAUGAAGAGCAACUGGUUUAUGGUUGAAAUUGGAAAGAUGGGAUUAAGAUUGAGAGAAGCAGAAACUGAGAUGAAGAAGAUAAAUGAUGCCAUAAAAAGAUUAGAAGAGAAUCUUAGUAAAUCAAAAAUGUAUGAUGAAGCACUAAGGAUUGAUGAAAAGAUUGCAGAUCUGCGAGAAAAAGAAAAGAUUAUAAGGGAGAAAAUAUUUGAUCAGGAGAAUGACGAUGUAAUUGUUGAUGCAAAACGAGUGAAUGUGGAAACAGAAGUGCUUAUGAGGAAGAAGCAUGUAUUGAUAGGAAAGAGAAAUGAACUGUGUAUGAAGAUAGGAGCAACUGAUUUCAGAAAUCUGGAGUGUUUGUAUCCUGAGAAGAGCAAAGAAGAAUUUGUGAGUGAGAUAUCACGGAUAAAUGAAAGGAUUCGAGGGUUUUGCAUGAUUAACAAGAAAAGUGUAUCACAAUGGGAAGAUUACAGCAGUCAAAGAGAUUUGAUCAAGAAGAAACUUGACGAGCUUGGCUAUGAUCGUGAGAAGAUAUUUGAACUUAUAUGUGAGCUUGACUUGAAGAAAGAAAAGACCAUGAAGCUUGCGUUGUCUGAAGUGAAGCGUGUAUUUUCUGAGAUCUAUUCAAAACUUACCGAUGGGAAGAUUGGAGAGCUUAUCGAUACAACUGAAGGAUUAGGAGUUAAGAUUGAUGGACUAACAGAUGAAGUUAACUUGCUGAGUGGCGGGCAGAAGGUGGUUAUAGCGUUAUGCCUGAUGUUUAGUAUGCAAAGAGUAUAUAAAUCUCCAUUUUAUGUAUUUGAUGAGAUUGAUGCAAAUUUAGACUCACAGGUACGUGAGAGAGUAUGCAUGAUGAUAAAGGAAAUGAACGAAUGCCACAAAUACCAGUUUAUUAUAGCUAGCUUCAGGAAGGAGACUCUUGUAUGUGGAGACAGAUAUUUUAGUGUGGAGUUUAAAGAAAAGAAGAGCAGUGUAGUAGAAGUGCCUAAAGAGACAGCAUAUGAAUUCUUAAAUGACGGGCCAAAUGAAACUAAGAUUUAUUAA